UUUUUUUUGUUGUUGUUGUUUUGUUUUUUUAGCCGAGUACAGGUCGUGCGGCAGUUAGUUCAUUGAAAACUCAGUUGCUGCCUGAGCGCUUGGACGGAGACUGCUUUCGGCUUUUUUUUCCUGCUGAUUGUUAAGAUCUCCUAUAGAGAGCUGCAACAAUGCCCAAAAGAAAGGCUGCGGGUCAAGGUGACAUGAGGCAGGAGCCAAAGAGAAGAUCAGCCAGACUGUCUGCUAUGCCCAUGCCCAUUACACCAGAGUUGAAGCCCAAAAGAACAUCAACUCCAAAGAAAAUGAAGACAAAAAAUGAUAUAGUGGAAAAAAAUACAGAUGCAGGUGCCAAAGCAAUAGCUGAAAAGAAGCAAGAAGUUAUUAAAGGAGAAUGUGAUGCUGAAAAUGGAGAAGCCAAAAUUAUGGAGGUACCAGCUCCUGAAAAAGAACUUGAGGAAAUGAAAGAAGAAAAAAACGAAUAUGUUGAAGAAGAGGGAAUAGAAAAGAAGGAAGUAGUGGAAGUAGCUAGAGAAGAUGAAAAAGAUCAAGAAGGAGAUGGAGAAGAUCAAAACAAAAAAGAAGAGAAAAGAGAAGAUGGGAAAGAGAACAAAGAUGGAAAAGGAGAUAGAAAAGAAGAUGAAGAUGGAAAAGAAAAAGAAGAUGGAAAGGAAGAAGAAGAGAAAAAAGAAAAAGGAGAUGAAAAAGGGAAAGGAGAAGAUGUCAAAGAAUUUGAAAAUGAAAAAGACACAGGAGAAGAAAAGCAAGAAGACAGAAAAGAGAAUGAAGAUAGAAAAGAGGAGAAAAGUGUAACUGAGGAAGUUGGAAAUAAGGAGGAUGGUGGAAAUGAGAAAGGAGAAGAUGGAAAAGAGAGCAAACAUGGAAAAGAGGAAGAUGGAACAGAAGAAAAUGGGAAGGGAGAUGGGAAAGAUGGAGGGAAAGGAGAGGAAAAUAAAAAGAAGGCUGAAGUCAGAAAAGAAGUAGCUGAAAAAGAAGUAGUCAAAAAAUAUGAAAAAAAAGAAACUCAGAGUAUUGUUUAAAGUUGCCCAAUAGUUUCAUAAUUUGGUAAUAUGUGCCUCCAUGUUGUAAUGUUUAUAGAAAUGAAUAUUUUUUAUCAAAUAUUUUAUAAAUACAGCUUUUCUUUAACAUCAGCUUAAUUUCAAAGCAUCUUCAUACUGAUUAUUAAUCACAAAGUAGCUAACAUGAAACCUUUAUACAUUUUGUGAUCAUAAUAAUGGAAUAUAUAAGAAACUAUGCUUUCAACUUUGUCAGUGAAUUUCCUUUUGUGUGACUUAUGUGUUAAAUCUUUGAAUUUUAAUUUUACUCCUAUCUGUGAUAAUUUCACAAAGUGGGGAGAUCCAGAAAACAUUCUUCCAAACUACUUGUGGUUGUCUAGGUUGCUUUUAUUAAAAAAAAAAAGAAAGAAAGAAAAAAAAA